GCAGCAGCAGCAGCAGCAGCAGCAGCAGCAGCAGCAGCAGCAGCAGCAGCAGCAGCAGCAAAACGCCAGCGACGUGGGGGUCACUUUGACUGUGCGCCAGCCUUAUGCCUCUCUCAUAGUUAACGGCUUCAUCUUGGAAGACCUUCGCUACUGGGCCUCUUCUUACAGGGGCAGGCUGUGGAUCCACGCAUCAGAAGAUGCAGCAACAGCCCCCGUCAUUUCCCUGGCUGAGGCCUCGUGUCAGCAAAAGCUGCUGCAGGCUGCUGCAGCGGGCCUCGCUGGGGGGCCCCCAGGGGCCCCCCAAGGGGGGCCCCCCGGGGGGCCCCCAGGGGCCCCCCAUGAAGGGCCCCCUGGGGGGCCCCCCAAGGGGGCCCCAAGCGCCUGCCUGCCGCCUUUUCCCUCUCAGUACCCAACGCGAUGUGUGCUGGGCUGUGUGCAGCUGAUUGACUGCGUCGCAGCGCCGGGUGAUGACUGCGGCGGCUCGGAGGCUUUCCUCUUUCGCUUUGCCUUGCCGCAGCUGCUGCAGAUCCAGGGGGGCGACAAGUUUUGGUGUUUGCCGAAGGGCCUCCUACCGACCCUUCAGGCUUCUCUUUUGCCGCCGCGCUGGCCGGCGGUCUGGGGGCCCCCAGCAGCACUGCUGGCCCCCAGCAGCAGCAGCAGCAGCAGCAGCAGCAGCAGCAGCAGCAGCAGCAGCAGCAGCGUUGGGGGGGACGAUGCAUCUGAGCAGCAGCCGCUGCAGCAGCGGACAGACCCGACCCCAGAAGAGCCCGAGGCCUUCUGGUGA